AUGCAACGCUUCCUUGUUUUCGCGGCCUUGAUUGCCGCUGCGAGCGCCCAGCUCUGCAGGAACACCGGUGAGUUGGUGCCAAACCCGAUGAACUGCCAGCAGUUCUUCAUGUGCCGCACAGGCCGCACCAUUCUCUUCACCUGCCCGGACAAUACGCUGUUCAACCCGCGCACGCUGGCCUGUGACUCGACGAACAAGGUGCGCUGCGAGCCCGGAAAUCUGCCGAACAACAUUCUGACCUCCUCGCUGAAGGCGCAACCGUCGCGUAUCGAGCAUACCGUUACGGCUUGCAUUAACCAACCCGUGUCGACUCUGCUGGCUAACACUGCCGACUGUAGCCGCUUCUAUCAGUGCUCGGUUACUGGCGCUAUCAACUUCCAAUGUCCGUCCGGUACUAUGUUCGAUGCUCGUCGUAAGCUGUGCGCUGAACGUGAAGUGGCCGUUUGCGGAACCGUUGCCCAACCGAGCCCACCGUUGCUGCCCCCGCAACCGAUCCUACCGCCAUCGCUGCCGAUCGUGCCACCAUCCCUUCCGAUUCUUCCGCCGUCUCUGCCGAUCCUACCGCAGCCCCCAAGCAACCUGAACAGUCUGCAGAUGCUGUGCCGCGGAAAGCCUCUCGGGGCGAAGAUCCGCAAUCCGGCCGACUGCACCGAGUAUGUGAACUGCAUUGGCACAACUAUUCUGCGCUACACUAAGUGUCCGAUCGGUACUGCCUUCGACGAUGUGGCCAAGAUCUGCAACUGGGUGCAGAACGUUAAGUGCUAA